AUGUCGAUAUCAAGAAAGUCAUUGCUUAUGUUUCUAAAUUUAGCAUUCAUGGUUAUGUUUGUCACAGCAGGAAACGUUCGACAGCUGUUGCCACCAUCUCCAUUUGCGCCAACGCCGGGCAUAGCACCUUUUCAGCUUGGUGAAGUGCAAAAUUGUUGGUCAUCCCUUACCAAGAUACAAGGCUGUAUGACGGCGAUAUCUGAUUCAUUUUUCUACGGACAAAUAGGUGCCAUUGGCUCUGCUUGUUGCAAAGCCAUUACUCGUAUUAGUGAUGACUGUUGGUCUAAAAUGUUCCCUUUCAACCCUUUUUUCCCCCCUUUUCUCAGGAUCUUUUGUUCAUCUCCAACACCACAUGCAAGACCGAUAUUGAAUGGCAUUAGCGAACUGCUGCCGCCAUUGUGGUCUCGAAGUGAAGUUGAAAAAUGCUGGUCAUCUCUUUCUAACGUUAAUGGGUGUAUUAUGGAAAUUUUUAGGUCACUUUCUGGUGGUACAAUGCCUAGUCCUACUUGUUGCAAUGCCAUCAUCAAACUCAAUGACGAUUGUUGGCCUAAAUUGUUCCCUUUUAACCCACUCUUCCCUCCAUUGUUGAAGAAUUACUGCGGUGGCACAGCAGCAACACCUAAAUGA